AUGCUUGCGAUUCUCUUCCCUACUCUCCCAUUCCACUUGACUAAAGUUUUCAAGGUUAUUUAUAAGGCAAAGGUGGCUCUUCUUGGGCCGUUAUCUGAUGUCCCGGGACCGGUUGUUGCACGAUGGACAAACCUGGUGCUCAAGUACCACACCUUGUCGGGUCGCCGUAUACAAUAUUUGGACUCGCUAUUUUCGCGUUACGGCACCGUGGUUCGGGUGAGUCCCAAUGAAGUGGGCAUCAAUAGCCCCGAUGCAGUCCGGAUCAUACAAAAAGUAUCCGGCGGCUUUGGCAAGUCUGCCUGGUACGAUAUGACUGGUCCAGGAAUGCUUGGCAUGAGAGACCGUGGGAAGCACUCGCGACGGCGCCGACUCUUGGCUCAUCCUCUGAGCAACUCCUCCUUGCCAGCCUUUGAACCGCUUAUUCAGGCCAAGGUAGACUUGGCCAUGGACCAGAUGGAGACCGAAAACAGAAAGCUGGGUUACACAGAUGUUCAUAAAUGGUUCAGCUUUAUGGCUACAGAUAUUAUUGGUGACCUGACUUUUGGCAGCUCCUUUAGAAUGCUGGAGCAAGGAAGAAGAAGUCAGUACGUGGAAGAUCUCCAGGCUGUCAUGCCGACAGUUCACAAACGGAUCGAGCUCGCACCAUUUUUUGACAUGCUCUUCUUGCUUCCACUUCCCCAGAUCCGACAGGUCACUGCCAGAUUUCAACGCAUCAUGAGCUACGGGAGAGAGUCCAUUCGACGCUUAAAACUCGCCCAGCAGGCCGGAACGCUGAUCACGCCAUUCUUCUUUGACAAGAUCAUGAACCCGAAGGAUAAGGAGAACGCCUUGACAGAUGUUGAGAUGGAAGAAGAGGCCGCGGAACUCAUGGUAACCGGAACUGACACGACGUCAAACACACUGACUUACCUGGUAUGGUCGGUCCUCAAGGAUCCAGCGAUUCGGAACAGACUCGAAGCGGAGAUUGGAAGACUCCCUGGAAACUUCAAAGACUCUGACAUUUCCAAGCUGAAUUACCUAAACGCUGUCGUUCAGGAGUCUUUAAGGAUGUACGGUGCUGCCUCUGGUUCACACUCGCGAGAUGUUCCACGUGGCGGUUGGGAGGUUGGAGGAUACUUGAUCCCAGACACGGCGACAGUUCUUACUCAAGCAUAUUCUCUGCACCGGCGGCCUGAAAUAUUCCCAAACCCGGAUAUGUUCAACCCCGACCGCUGGCUGAAUGCUACGCCCGAGAUGCAAGGGUCUUUUAUUCCUUUCGGAGGAGGGCCUCGAAUUUGUGUUGGCAUCCAUCUUGCGUACAUGGAGCUCCGGUUGACGACGGCUGCCUUCUUUCGGAAAUUUCGAGGCGCGACAGUGCAUCCGUCUCUGACGGAAGAUGAUAUGGAUCUGGAGAAUUACACGUUGAUUGCUCCGAAGGCGCACAAGUGCCUCAUCAAGCUGUAA